CAUUGUUUUAUAUCUUCUUAUAUACCGAGCAUACUUUAGAAAGUGUAUAUCCUUCUGUGUUAAUGUUAUGCAUUCCAUACAACGUUAUUAUUUACACCGGAACUUUUAUAAAUAUGUCCAUUACUGGUCAACCACAAGAAAUCAGCACAGUAAAAUCGUCAUGGGAAAUAUUAGAUUCACCUGUCCCUCUGAAAUCUGAAUCUUUACAACAUCCUUCCAAACGGAAAUCAAGAACAUUGCUGUCGGUUUCAAAUACGAUCACUUCGAUUAGAGCUGAAUCUUCCGGGUAUUCAACAGACCAACAUUUAAAUCUGUCUGACCAACAGACAUCAGAAGAUACAUCUUAUAAACACAUAUCUUCUACUAGAAUAAAACCAACUUCUCAAACUCUCAACCCCGAACUGGAUAGUACUGGGCGGCUAAAAACCGAGGACUCCAUUUCUCAGGAACAUAUAAGAAAUAGAUUAGAAGAAGUGCAGAAGGAGCCUAACAGCAGAGGUACUGCAACUUAUGUUUCCAGCCAACGUCGUCCAACGGAAGAUAUUGCUGAAACCAUAGCAACCGAAUUUGAGAAACACGUACGAAAGUCACAUAGGCCGAUUAAAAGGGAAUUAGAUACUGAAGACGCUGCUAAUAUACGAUAUUUGCAAGAUCAGUUAAUAAAAGAAGAUACCGAAAGUACUGCCUUUCACCAAUUUGCGCAUGAAGAAACAGUUCUGUCAAACACAUCUGGAAUGAAUGAUCCAAACUCUAAGUUGCAGAGUCGAGGAAUUUCCGAAGGAUCAAAUUCAAAUGUAAUAGAUACAAGAUCUCCUGACAGCCGCGAUUAUUCUGAAAUAUCAAGAGAAACAAGCUCUACUGCAUAUCAAGGGCAAAUAUCCUGCAGCAUAGCAUCAGUGCAUCAUUCAGAAAAUUCAGGUAUGUCGCACGUGUCUUUAGAUAGACCGAGACACCUAGUUAAUAACAGACAUGCUUCUGAGCGUCGUCUCUAUAGAAACCCUCAAGGAGAACGCCCAAGGCCAGCUGAAACGAUGAAUAAUCAGUACCAUAAUGAGGACCAAAGGUAUCCGCCACAUGAAGCGCAUAAUUAUCGUCCAACUUUUCAGGAUUCCCAGUCAUCUUCCAGAUAUCUUAAUAACGUUCGCUUCCCUCAAAUACAAGUAGAUGACAUUGCAGCGCUCAAAGAUGAAGACCGGCGAGAUCAUACACCUAGAGGAGACUCGGUCGUUUCGAACGCCGCUAAGUCCAUGUCGGAAGUUGUGGAUCAUCCUCAUGUUCCGGCGCCCACGGAGGAAGAUGCACCGUUUCCUAGACAGACGAUACCAUUGGCUAAUGCGCCGCUACCGACGUUCCAUCCUCCUCCAACUAUCAUUCAAAAUGGAAUAUCACAGGCCGAUCUGCUCGAACUUAUGUCUAAAGGUUUAGGGCAAUUUACAACAGAAAUGACGGUUAUGGUAUUAGAGAAGUUGAAACCUGAAUACGAAGCACUCGCAAAACAAGUAGGAGAAGAGGUGAAAGAGUCUACCAUAACAGAGCUGAAAGAUCUCAGGGGAAAAUUGACAGCUUCGGAGGCAGAAGUCAAAUCCUUAAAAGUCGAGCGAGAUAAUCUCAAAACCGAAAAUAGCAAAGAACGCGAUCAAAUGAAGAAAGAAUUCGAAAAGGAUAGACUGAAGCGAGUAAAGGAGUUUGAAGAAAAGAAAGAACUUAUCGAUAAUCUUCAGAAAGAAAACGAGCAGUUCAAGUCAUUGCUGAAGGAAAAAGAUAAAAUGUUGAAGAAAGCAGACGGGAAGGCAAAAUCCGAAGAACAGAAGCGGAUAAAAUUUGAAGAAGAAUCUGGAAAGAAGCAGAAAGAACUUCAGAAAGAACUAGAUAAAAUUAAAGGAGAAUUGUUAGUACAGAAAUCCAAGAAAAGGCUGCAAGUGUCUUCGGCGAGUAAGAAAGAGUGUUUAGGAAAACUAAAUUCCCAGCAUGGUUUAUAUCCUAGACAAUUCAAUGGACAUAAACCAAUCCCAUAUGAUGAAGGUGAUGACUAAUGGAUUAUAUUUGGUUAUAUUUGUCAAUCUUUUUUACUUACAGCAAAUAAGAAUUAAGACCAUUGCUUUUCUUCCAUUUGGACUAAGCUAAAAUUAUGUUUUGACUUAAGGGUAGAUAAUACAUAUUUGUUUGAAAAAUUAGCGUUAUAAUUGCUCUGUCCUUACAAAUAUCUGAUUACAUUAGGGUUUACGUUUGGAACCAUCUGAACACAAGACAGAUUUUUAUUGAUUAAAAGAAAUGUAUGUAUA